AUGUUGCUUGUGGCCUGCGACUGUAUUAGUUAUUCUGUUCCAGGAGCCAGUCCUGUCGCCUGUGACAGGUUUCAGAGGCAGAGGGUUGGAAUGUUGAGUAAUCGUAGCACAGAAGAGGGUGUGUGUGUACACAUAUGGAAUAAGUCAUGUGGUUACAAAAGAGGACUGGCUGAAAUAAAGGCAACACACCACUCUGAAACUGGACUGGUGAGCUCCCAUCCUCCACAAGCUGGCAGGAUUGCAAGGCUCCAGCUUUGUGGGUAUAAGUUUACAAACCUUUCCUGUACCCUUUGGGGACUAUCUGCCUUUAGCAACAUUUGGUAA